AUUUAGGUUGGGUGUUCGGAAACUUUUGACAUUAAAAAAUAAUUGUUGCAAACUUUUAAUUGAUUAAUAGUAAGUUUAUUUAUUGUACAUCUCAUCUGAAAACAUUUUGGCAGAAAUCAACAAAUUGGCACAAAAAGGCUGAAUCCUAAGAACUCCAACAUCACUUACUUCAUAUUUAUAUACAAUGGUAGAAGUAAAUGCUGAAUCUGAGAUGUCUGAAGCCUUGUCAGGCAUAGUGAUGGAUGAUGUACUUAGUAGGCAUCGCCGAGAACGAAAAGAUUUGCAGGCUAAAAUACAGGCCUUAAAAAAGUCUGCACCAAAAAAUGAUAAAAAGAAGCGCAAAGAAAUAAUGGAGGAGGUUGCUCGCAUGGAAAGUGACUUGGAGAAAAAUCAAGCCUCUGAAUUAGUCGAGGUAGAAAAGGAGCAACAAACCCAAAAACAAAAUGAACACCAAAACGAGAAUACAAAUGAGAAACAACAAAACUUCGAUGACGCAUUGUGCAAUGGUGAUGAUGAAGAAGAUGCCACUGGUACAACCCAACGUGUUACUAAAGCACAAAAACGACGUGAUAAGAAAGCGCGUGAAGCCCGACAAAGAGAGGAAGAUAUACGGGUUGCUGCUGAGGAUGCAAAGUUCGCACCUAAAGCUAUCGAAAGGCGUGCUAUACAAUCGAAACUGUUAGAACGACAAUUAACACUACAUUAUAUUCCUUCCGAUGGCAAUUGUCUCUACAAUGCGGUACGGCAUCAGCUGGCUCAAAAGGGAUUACCUACAUACAGCGUGCAAGAACUGCGCAAGGAAACUGCUAACUAUAUACGCGCUCAUAAAGAUUCAUUGAUUUGUUAUAUGACUAAUCCAAAAACUGGCUUUUUGCUUACUGAUGCAGAAUUUGAAAACUACUGCGAACUAUUGCAUACUACACCAGCUUGGGGAGGACAAAUUGAACUAAAAGCCUUAUCCUCCAUACUUAAAGUACCCAUUGAAGUGCUACAGGCAGAAGGACCACCGACUGUACAAGGGGCUGACGAAUUUGCUGGGCCUAGUCUAUUAAUAACGUACCACCGCCAUAUGUACAGUCUGGGUGAACAUUACAAUUCUUCUGUGCCAAUCGUACAAGUCUGAAACCCUAAAACUAACGAGUGAAAAUAAUUAUU